CACGACACAACAUCUGUCAGUCUACCUAUCCGGGACUUGCCGUUCUUUUGUGUUCGCUUCUACCCAAACAGGCUCAUUCAAAGCAUUCUCAUCGGGGGUGUCAGCACCCCACUUCCCGCCCCACUGCUGAAGGCCAACCCAAUCCCAAGCAUCAAGUUAAAGAGUUGAGACGUGGAAGAUGAGGAGAGAUAAUCCAGGCCAUGACGAGUAACCGUAAAACAAAAGAAAAUGAGGUGUCCCGCAGAUGUCACUACAAAAGAGCUUCACCCUGAGAAGCACGCUCCCCUCCACAUUAAAGAGGAGUCGGAGAUGCCAUACAUUAAACAGGAGACGGAGCCAGAGACCCCCAACAUUAAAGAAGAAGAACAAGAAGAUGAAAUCCCCAAGUCUCCAAUGACUGUUUUUGUGAAGAGUGAAGAAGAUGAAGGUCCAAGUGAAGAGAGCGGAACAGCGAAACCUUCAAGUGACGACUCAUUUCAACACCUCAUAAAAAAAGAAGAGGGACAAGCGCAACCUGACGGUUUGUUAGCUCCGCUCUCGGACAGCGACGACGUAACGUCACACUCUUCUCACUUUAGCACUGAUGAGGAGGAUAAUGACUUUGAGCAAAAUGCUUCAAAAGCCCUACAAGGGUCAUCACUUUUUCCCUGCUCACUUUGUGAUCAAACGUAUUCUUGGAAGCAUCACUUAAAAAGACACAUGUACACACACACUGGGGAGAAGCCUUUUGUCUGCACAUUUUGUGGUAAAACAUUUGCCGACAAGGGAAAUUUAAUCAAACACACAAGCACGCACACUGGAGAGAAGCCUUUUUCCUGCUCUCUCUGUGGUAAAAGAUUCACUCAGAAGAUUCAGUUAGAAAGACACACACGUACUCACACUGGAGAAAAGCCUUUUCCCUGCUCACUUUGUGAUAAAAGAUACUUCACGAAGGCAGAUUUAAACAUUCACACAAGAACUCACAAUGGAGAGAAGCCUUUUGCCUGCUCUCUUUGCGAUAAAAGAUUUUGUCUGAAGCAAUAUUUAACAAGACACAAGCAUACACACGCCGGAGAAAAGCCUUUUGUAUGCCCAUGUUGUGGUGAAAGAUUCACUCAGAGGAGAACUUUAAACACACACUCAAGAUCGCACGCUGGAGAGAAACCUUUUACCUGCUCAACCUGUGGUAAACGCUUCACUCAGGAGAGAACUCUCAACAGACAUGCAAAAACACACACUGGAGAGAAACCUUUUGUCUGCACAUGUUGUGGUAAAAGAUUCACCGACAAGGGACAUUUGAACGAACACACAAGAACGCACACCGGAGAGAAGCCUUUUGACUGCUCACUUUGUGAAAAACGAUUUUGUUCAAAGAAAGAUGUAAUAAGACACAUGCGUACACACACGGGAGAAAAGCCUUUUGUCUGCACAACUUGUGGUAAACGAUUCGCUGAGAAGGGAAGUUUAAACCAACACACAAUGACACACACUGGAGAGAAGCCUUUUCCCUGCUUAGUUUGCCAUAAAAGAUUCUCUCGGAAAGCCGUACUAAACUGUCAUACCAAAUCACACACUGGAGAGAAACAAUUUGCCUGCUCACUUUGUGAUAAAAGAUUUUGUACGAAGCAUCAGUUGACAAGACACACACGUACACACACUGGGGAAAAGCCUUUCGCCUGCUCAGUUUGUCAUAUAAGAUUUCGUACGAAGCAUAAUUUAGCAAGACAUACGCGUGCACACACUGGAGAAAAGCCUUUUUUCUGCUCAAGUUGUGGUAAAAGAUUCAUCGAGAAAAGAGAUUUAAUCGAUCACACAAGAACGCACACUGGAGAGAAGCCUUUCACCUGCUCUCUUUGCGAUAAAAGAUUUGGUCGUAAGCAACAGUUAACAAUACACACGCGUACGCACACCGGGGAAAGGCCUUUUGUCUGCACACUGUGUGGUAAAAGUUACAUCCGCAAAGAAGAUUUAAAGAAUCAUGCAAAAAGACACACUUAAUUACUCACGGCUUACUGCUUUUCGCAAUUUUACUUCUCAAUGUUGACAAUACUUUGAUGCUUCCCUUUUUGUUUUGUUUUGCUUUCCCAUUUGUGUUAAACGAGGCCACAGGUUUUUUUUUUGGGUGCUAAAUUAGCCAGCCCCUUUGCUUUGCUCAUUACCGAGCUAGAUUUGUUGUUUACUGAAAUAUAUUGUGUAGAAAUAUCUGCUAAGAGUUUAUUUUGUGACUAGAUACAUUUUGAAAUUUUUUUUUUCUCAUUAAAAAUUAAUAGGCAAGUUUUUGUCAAAUUUCCGGGGAACCGUAAUUUUUUGUCCAAAUUCUGUAUACAACUUUUAUGCCCCUCACCGUCCCGGAAUUUUUGACACCUAAAUUAUGUAAUUUGGUAAAAAAAAUUGUAGGACUAGAUACAUUUUGAAAAUUGCUUUUUUGGAGGGGAAAAUUGCCGUUUGCAGCGCAAUGGAAAAUUUUUUGGAGCUGUUUGAAAAAUUCCCUGCGUCGCGCAAAAAUUCCGGACGUGUCGAUACUUGAACAGUGCCGAUCGGUCAAGCGGUUCGGGCUGCGCGGCGCCCCGAAGGAAUCCCAUUCAAAAAAAAAAACAAAACUGAAUAACAUUACCUGGGUCUUUUUCAAAGACCCAGAUAAAUAUGAAGAGACUUGUAUGUGUUUUUGUUUUACACUUGCAGUUUUAUUUGUUUAUUUAUUUUUUUAAAAAAAGGUCCUCAAUUAAAGAUCAAGGAGAAAGACUAGUCUCCUGUCAUUGUUGGAACUUCUUUUCUCUGGUGUCACUCUGUCUUUACCACAUUUAGCUGGAGAAAAUUCUGGCCUCCCAAUUCAAGGAUUUGUGAAAACGUUGCCUCACUGAGACUAAGGGACUAUAAACCUGUGGGAACACUGAAAUGUAGAAUUGUGUGUCAU